ACAGUAAAAAGUGUUGUAGGUAUGUAUGCUCGUAGUAUCAUUUUAACAAGGUAAUUAUAGCUGUAUUACGAUUUAGUUUUUUAGAACGCGUAUAAAAUUGGGAAGAUGUGGAAAUUAACAAUUUUCUUCUACUUUUCGAUUUACUGUUUAGAUUCUAAUAAGGCAUCUCAGUUAUCGACCGACGAUGAUUGGUGGAAGACAGCUACAUUUUAUCAAAUAUAUCCAAAAUCGUUUAAAGAUUCUGAUGGUAACGGGAUAGGUGAUCUACAAGGUGUGAUCGAAAAGUUGGAUUAUAUUAAAGAUCUAGGAGUCACUGGUGUUUGGUUGUCUCCUAUUUUUAAAUCUCCACAGGCUGAUAACGGAUACGAUAUUAGUGACUAUAGAGAUAUUGACCCACAGUUUGGAACCCUGGAAAUAUUUUUAGAACUCUUGAAAGAAGCACAUCAGCGAGGAAUAAAAGUGAUUCUGGACUACGUUCCUAAUCAUACGAGUGAGCAGCACGAAUGGUUUAAAAAAUCUGAAAAUGGAGAAAAGCCUUAUGAUGAAUACUAUAUUUGGAAAGAUGGAAAAAAUGGAUCAAAAACGGAACCUCCAAAUAAUUGGCUUGGCGUUUUUGGACAUUCUGCUUGGACUUGGAGCGAAAAAAGACAACAAUUUUAUUACCACAAGUUUCUAAAAGAACAACCUGAUUUGGAUUAUCGCAAUCCAUUGGUCAGAAAGGAAAUGAAAGACGUUUUAUCAUUUUGGUUAGAUACUCAUAACGUGGAUGGUGUCAGGAUGGAUGCAAUCGCUAGUCUAGUAGAAGAUGCUGCAUUUCUUGAUGAGCCUAAAUCCAAUAUACCUGGUGUACCUGACUUUCAAUACGAUUAUCUAACUCACAUUUAUACAGAAAAUCAACCAGAGACUUACGAAGUGGUUUAUGAAUGGAGAAGUCAUUUGGAAUCCAUUUCAAAGAAAAAAGAAAGUUCAAGAAUAUGUAUGGCUGAAGAUGGGGCAAAUUUCACAGUUACUUUGCCGUAUUAUGGUAAUGCUAACGGAUCUGUAUUAGGAGCCCACUUCCCCUUUAAUUUCUUCUUUCUCCCACUGAAUACCACAUCUAAUGGAGCAGAAAUAGCGAGUAUAAUAAACGAAUGGUUAAUUCGACUUCCAAAAAUAUAUACCUUAAACUGGGUGCUAGGUAACCACGAUAAUCAUCGAAUCGCUUCAAGAGUAGGCAAAGAAAAAGUUGAUGCCUUAAAUAUGCUAACAGCAGUUUUACCCGGCAUACAAGUAACGUACAAUGGUGAAGAAAUCGGUAUGGAGGAUGGAGAAGUGACUUGCGAACAAGGCGAUGAUCUAACCAGUAAUUGUACACUUUAUCCUUCUGUAAGUCGAGAUUUUGAAAGAACUCCUUUCCAAUGGGACAACAGCGAAUUCGCCGGAUUCACUAACGGCACAUCUACUUGGUUGCCUGUUAGUCGCAACAAAGAUAAUUGCAAUGUUGCCGAUCAACUUAAAGACGAUAGAAGUCAUUUAAAUAUUUAUAAAAGUUUACAAAAAUUAAGACAGACACUAAACAGUAGAUCAGAAAUUGAAGUGAGUGCCCAAGGAAACGAUAAAAAUAUAUUGGCAGUAGUAAGGUUUAACAAAGUUAACGGAGCAAACUCUGAUUUGGUUGAGUUUAUUUGCAAUUUGGGAAACUCAGCAGCUGAUGUUACUUUGGUUGAUAAUAACAAUAUUGCAUUAAAAGUACUUAUAAGUAGUAAAAAUUCAAAACGAAAGCCUGGUGAUAUUGUUAGCAGCAGAACGUUGGUACUUGAUCCAUACGAAGCCCUUAUUCUCGGAGAGGUUUAGUUAUUAACGACUUUAAUACUAGCUUUUAAAUUUAUUUAGACUGUAAAAUUAGUAUUUAAAUAAAAUUAUAUUAAUU